CACGGGAUUUAAAAUGGCCGGAGCCGGCGCGGAAUAUGAGGGACCCGAAUAUGGAAUAGGGAACUUCGUCCUCCUAGAUGAAGUAUCGGAAGAAGGGUUCAUGAAAAAUUUGAAAUUAAGAUUUGAGAAAGGAAGAAUCUAUACGUACAUUGGAGAAGUGCUGGUGUCGGUGAACCCCUACAGAAGUGUUGAGCUCUACGGCAGUGAAUAUGUACAGAACUACAAAGGGCGGGAGAUAUUCGAGCGGCCUCCGCACAUAUUUGCCGUUGCGGACGCCGCCUACAAAUCCAUGAAGCGACGAUUCCAGGACACCUGCAUAGUCAUCUCAGGAGAAAGUGGCUCUGGCAAAACUGAAGCAUCGAAGAUCAUUAUGCGCUACAUUGCCGCUGUUACAAAUGUCAGCCAGCAGCAGGAAGUGGAAAGAGUGAAAGACGUCCUACUAAAAUCGAAUGCCAUUCUGGAGGCAUUUGGUAAUGCAAAGACCAAUAGGAAUGACAACUCCAGUCGGUUUGGAAAAUACAUGGACAUCAAUUUUGACUUCAAAGGUGAUCCCGUCGGGGGCCACAUCAACAACUACCUACUCGAAAAGUCACGAGUCGUCACUCAACAAAAGGGAGAGAGAAAUUUUCACUCCUUUUAUCAGUUGAUAUAUGGUGCUCAGGACCAGAAGUUAGAAGAGCUCUACCUGGUGAAGGAUCCAACAGAAUAUUUUUACAUCAGCCAAGGCGAUUCAACGAAGGUGCCAACGCUCAACGAUAGGCAUGACUAUAAGACUGUGAUGGCUGGAUUGAAGUCCAUCGGCUUUGCAUUUAGACAUGCGGAAACGUUGUGGAAGAUAGUCGCAGCAGUUCUACAUUUGGGUAGUGUGGAGUUUGCGGUGGAGGGCGAUCAUACAAUCGUGACAACCAAAGAGAAGCUGAAGGUGCUUGCAAGCCUGCUGUCGGUCACCGAGGAAGACCUGACGACGUCGCUCUGCUCUCGAGUGAUCGCAGCCAGGGGAGAGGCCAUCAGCAAGGUGCACACCGUGCCCGAGGCACUCUACGGACGAGAUGCCCUCGCAAAGGCAAUGUAUGAGAAGAUGUUCACAUGGAUAGUAGGCCGGAUCAACGAAGCCAUAGAGGUACAAACAAAUGGCUAUCAAGCGGGCAAAAAUACGGUCAUCGGUGUCCUUGACAUCUAUGGAUUUGAAGUCUUUGACAAUAACAGCUUUGAGCAGUUCUGCAUCAACUACUGUAACGAGAAGCUGCAGCAGCUGUUCAUUGAGCUGGUGCUGAAGUCUGAGCAGGAGGAGUACAUGCGGGAGGGCAUCGAAUGGCAGAACGUGGAGUACUUAUGUUCCUCGAGGCGAUGAAUCAGAAGCUGGGCAAGCACGAUCACUACACGUCGCGACAGCUCGCCACCGGCGACAAGACGCUGCAGUUCGGCCGUGAUUUCCGCAUCCGCCACUACGCCGGCGACGUCAACUACUCCGCCGACGGCUUCAUUGACAAGAACAAGGACACGCUGUUCCAGGACUUCAAGAGGAUGCUGUACAAUAGCUUGUGGGACAUGGAAACAAGUUAUCUUCCGUAG